UUGCUGGUGAAAAAUUCAUUUUCCACACGAUGGUUUAAAAGUUUUACAACGUUGUUUGUUUCUCGCGUAUUGUUGUGUCAAAAAUUUAAAUUGUUGCUGUUGGAUUGUUGGCGGGAAUAAAUUCUGAUGUGUGCUGCUAGAGAGUGACCGAUUUGUGGCGAGGAGAAGGCAGAGACCGACAAGGAUUUCGUGAUCAACGUCUGCCCGUGGACAACGGUGGUUUUCCGUUGGGUUCUUCCCAGAAUUCCUCUUCUUCCCGUGUUGGCCUUGCUCAAGCGUCGCCGCUGUUCGCACGGGGAUGGCGUCCAAUUUAUCCACCUGGCAGCCGGAUGAGAACGGUCUGCGGGAGAUUAUUCAGUUGUUGAAGGAAUCCCAGUCCUCCGAUAAUCAAGUGCAGCGCGAUGUUCAAACGAAACUGGAACAACUCAACCACCAUCCGGAUUUCAACAAGUAUCUCAUCUAUAUUAUGACGCGGUGCAAAGCGGAAGCGGAAACGACGCGGUCCCUGGCGGGAUUGAUCCUCAAGAACAACGUCCGGGUGAAGUGGGAUGAUUUCCAUGCCAGCACGCAGAACCUGAUCAAGACCGAGUGUAUGGAGCAGCUGGCGGAUAGUUCAGCGCUGAUUCGCGCCACCAUUGGCAUCCUCACCACCACCAUCGUUUCCAAAGCGGGAUUAAAAACCUGGCCGGAUUUGUUGCCGCGGUUAUGCGCCUGGCUGGAUUCCGGAGUGAUGGAAGCCGUGGAUGGCGCCUUCAGUACCCUGCAGAAGAUCUGCGAGGACGCCACGGAGAUGGACAGCAGCUACGGGGACGCGGCGACGCCGCAGCCGCUGGACGUGCUGGUGCCCAAGUUCAUCCACUUCUUCUCCUACCAAGUGCCCAAGAUCCGCGCCUACGCCCUGGCCUGCGUCAACUGCUUCAUCCUGCACCGCAUCGCGCCCAUCCAGCCCCACAUGGAGGAAUUUCUCCAGAAACUGUUCAGUCUGGCGAUGGACACGGAUGCGGAAGUGAAGAAGCAGAUCCUGCGCGCCAUCGUCACCCUGCUGGAAGUGCAGCCGGAUGUGCUGUACCGCGACCUGAACAGCAUCAUCGGCUUCAUGCUGAUGCGGACGCGCGACGACGACGAGAUGGUGGCGCUGGAGGCCUGCGAGUUCUGGCUGAGCGUGGCCGACAACCAGGUGUGCCAGCAGGCGCUGAUCCCGCAUCUGCCGCAGCUGGUGCCGCUGCUGCUGGAGCGCAUGUGCUACUCCGUCACCGACAUGGUGCUGCUGCGCGCCGAGGAGGAGGAGGACGAGAUGAAGCCCGACCGCCAGGAGGACAUCCGGCCGCGCUUCCACAAGGCCAAGACGCACAGCUUCGACCAUGUGCCCGGCCCGGCAGGAGAUCACGCACAGCCGGCGCCGGAUGCGGAUGACGCGGACGGCGACGACGACGACGAGGAGACGACGGAGUGGAAUCUGCGCAAAUGCUCGGCGGCCGCGCUGGACGUGCUGUCCAACGUGUUCCACGAUAAUCUGCUGCCGGUGCUGCUGCCGGUGCUGGACGUGAUCCUCAAGAGUCCCGACUGGAUGCGCAAGGAGUCCGCCAUCCUGGCCCUCGGCGCCGUCGCCGAAGGCUGCGCGGAAGGCAUGUCCGGGCAUCUGCCGGCGCUCUUCCCCUUCCUACUGCAGUGCAUGCAGGAUCCCAAGCCGUUGGUGCGCUCCAUCACCUGCUGGACGCUGAGUCGGUAUGCCGGCUGGAUCGUCUCGGAGGAUCCCGAUCGCUACUUCAAGCCACUCCUCGGACUGCUGCUGCAGCGCGUGCUGGACUCCAACAAGAAGGUGCAGGAGGCCGGUUGCAGCGCCUUCGCCACGCUGGAGGAGGAGGCCGGAGUGCUGCUGGUGCCGCAUCUGGACGUGAUCGUGCGCAGUCUGGUGGCGGCCUUCAACAAGUACCAGAGCAAGAAUUUAUUGAUCCUGUACGACGCCAUCGGCACACUGGCCGAGUCCGUCGGCCACGAGCUGAACCGCGCCGAGUACAUUGCACUGCUGAUGGAGCCGCUCAUCUUCAAGUGGAACGGCCUGCGGCCCGACGACAAAUCCCUCUUCCCACUGCUGGAGUGCCUCUCCAGCGUCGCCACCGCCAUGGCCACGGGGUUUAUGCCCUACGUCGCGCCCGUCUUCCAGCGCAGUAUGCAGCUCAUCGAGCGCAGUAUCCACGAGCAGAAUCUGUUCCUGCAGCAUCCGGACCUGCACGAGUCGCCGGACCGUGACUGUCUGAUCGUGGCGCUGGAUCUGGUCAGCGGGCUGUCGGAGGGCGUCGGCAGCCACCUGGAGCCGCUGGUCAUCAACAGCAAGCUCAUGCUGGCCGUCCAGCACUGCAUUCGCGAUCCGGUGCCGGAAGUGCGGCAGAGCGCCUUCGCUCUGAUCGGGGAUCUGGCCAAGGCGGCGUUCAACGCGGAGCGGCCCUUCCUGAAUGACUUCAUCAUGGCGAUGGCGCAGAACAUGAACCCGGAGCAGCUGUCGGUGUGCAACAACGCCACCUGGGCCCUGGGCGAGGUCUCCAUCCGGCUGGGCGCCGACAUCCGCCAGUACGUCCACCUGGUCCUCGAGUCCCUCAUCUGCCUCAUGAACCGGCCCAACACGCAGAAGACCCUCCUGGAGAACACCGCCAUCACGCUGGGCCGGCUGGGCUGGGCCUGCCCCGAUCUGCUGGCCAACCAGCUGCACUUCUUCAUCAAGCCCUGGUGCCACGCCCUCCGCAACGUCCGCGACAACGACGAGAAAGCCAGCGCCUUCCGGGGUCUGUGCAUGAUGAUCGGGAGCCGCGCCAAUCCGCUGGAGCUGCAGGAUUUCGUGGCCUUCUGCGACGGUGUGGCCUCCUGGAUCUCGCCCGAUCAGGAACUCAAGGGCAUGUUCCAACAGAUUCUGUCGACGUACAAGGCGGCGGCGCCGGCGGAGCAGUGGCCGGCCUUCAUGGAGCAGUUCCCCGCGGUGGUGCGCGACCGGCUGCAGAAGCACUACGGCCUGUGAAGCUUUUCCCCGACAACCUGUAGUUCCGCCUGGCAAUGACGACGGGGACGCGAUGGUCAAUAGGCACGUCGUCGGUGGAGUAAGGACGCGAUGUAGGAGAAGAUGCGACGGGAUCGUCGGUUAGGUCGUCAACUCGUCGGUGUAGGGAUGCGUUGUUGCGUUGUUUAAUCUGUGAUUAGGAAGUAAGUGUGUUUUGUUCUUUCGGUUUGGUUUCUUUCUUUGGUAAUUAUCUCGGCUCUGUGGAUUGAUUUGUGUUCGACUGGGAAUUCCGUUUGCGGCUGAUAUGGCGCGACCAGCACCCGUGUACGUGUAGGCCGGGGGCGGGUCAGCGUGUGUAAUGUGUUUUUUUUACAAAAACGAUACAUGUGAUAGGGUUUUUAGCUUUGUUUUGCGCCGGCUUUUUGAGUGCUGAUUAUUUUUGUAAACACGACUGGGGAGCUGCUCGUUGGUGGUUUGUAAUGGUGACGGUUAAUUCGGUUAGUUGGUGAUGCUAUCGAUGGUUUUGUUUCAAUGCGACGUCCCCUGUAGGAUUCGAUGCGAUGCGAUUGACGUGGAUUGCUCCUCGGUUGUCUUUUUUUGUUUGUUUUCUAAUAAAUUUCCUCCAGUGU